UAGACAUAAUUUGCAAUCGAACCAUAACAAUCUGAAAAUUUAUCAAAAUUACACUCAGAAUACACAUGUAUAGCCCCUAUCGAGGGCUUUUUGAUCAGCAAACAUGUCGAAGGUAUCGAAAUCUUCCUUAAGAAAUGAAUCUGGCGUUGUGGAAGUAAAAAGCAAGUUUGAUGCAGAAUUCAGAAGAUUUUCUGUGGAUAGAGGAAAACAACAUAAAUUUGAUGAAUUUCAUGGUAUUGUUGAGCGCUUGCAUUUCCUGGUUGACAUUCCAUUUAUAAUAACAUAUACUGACAUUCACGGAGAUCUUCUCCCCAUCAACAAUGAUGACAAUUUCCACCUGGCCUUAAAUACGGCUAAACCAGCACUCAGGAUAAAUGUUCAGAAAAAAGGUGAAAGCUAUGGAGAACUCAACGGUUACGGAACUAUGCAACUCAAAAAGAAGACGCCAUUGGGUAAGAUACUCAGUAGUGAAACCCAGGCGCGCCCGGAGCGACGUCGCAUUCCCAUUGGUCUUCCAGAAGACUUCCGAAGAGUAUCUGCUAUUAUUGACGUAGACAUUGUGCCUGAAACCCAUCGAAGAGUAAAGCUGAUGAAGAACGGCUCUGAUAAACCCCUGGGCUUCUACAUCCGAGAUGGUACCAGUGUCAGAGUCACGCCGCAGGGUGUUGAUAAGGUUCCAGGUAUUUUUAUCUCCCGACUUGUGCCAGGUGGGCUGGCAGAAAGUACAGGUCUGUUGGCAGUGAAUGAUGAAGUGCUGGAGGUAAAUGGUAUCGAAGUGCACGGUAAGACACUAGAUCAAGUCACGGAUAUGAUGGUGGCUAACAGUUCUAAUCUGAUUAUCACUGUGAAACCAGUUAACCAGCGAUUGACGUUGGCCUCGUACCGGGGUGCGGUGGGACGAGGCUCGCAGAUGUCCGCUGGGUCACAUUUGUCGUCUGCUUCGGGGCAUUCGCGGCAAUCUUCCAAGUCGUAUGAAAGCGAUCUCGUUGCAGAGCACGAUGAUGAGGACGAGGUUCAGGACUAUUUGAACAAGAGUUCAAAAAGUGAACGCAGUGACAAAUCUGACAAAAGUCGCAGCAACAACGAGGCCGGUGGUGAAAGAGUGGAAAAGUUGAAAAAAGUCGAGAAAUUGUACAGAAGUGAUCGAAGUAACAACAGUGGCAGGAGUAAUGGAAGUGGUGAGCUGAAAGCCAACGGAAGUGGACGGCAGCAAAAGGAGGGUGGGACACAAAAAUCAGAGAGUGACAGUCCCAUUGUUACCCUUUAAUCAAGUUUAUCCUUUACAUUUUCCUUACAAAAUGUAGUGUGCCAAGGAAAAACAUUUUGUUUUAAAAUGGAAUAUUUUUUUUAGCUCACCUGAGCACAACGUGCUCAUGGACGUUGUGCUCAUGGUGAGCUUUUGUGAUCGCUUUUUGUCCAUCAUCCGUUGUCUGUUGUGUGGCGUCAACAUUUGCCUUGUUAACUCUCUAGAGGGCACAUUUAUUGUCCAAUCUUCAUGAAAUUUGGUCAGCAGAUUGGUUUCAAUGAUAUGUUGGAUGAGUUCAAAAAUGGUUACGUUUGCUUGAAAAACAUGGCUGCCAAGGGGCGGGGCAUUUUUCCUUAUAUGGCUAAAUAUGGCUAUAGUAAAAUCUUGUUAACCCUCUAGAGGCCACUUUUAUUGUCUGUUCUUCAUAAAACUUGGUCAGAAGAUUCAUCCCAAUAAUAUCUUGGACGAGUUCGAAAAUGAUGCCGGUUGGUUGAAAAACAUGGCUGCCAGGGGGGCGGGGCAUUUUUCCUUAUAUGGCUUUAGUAAAACCUUGUUAACACUCUAGAGGCCACAUUUAUUUUCUGAUCUUCAUGAAACUUGCUCAGAAGAUUUGUGCCACUGAUAUCUUGGAUGAGUUCAAAAAUGGUAACCUUUGCUUUAAGAACAUGGCUUUCAAGGGGCGGGGCAUUUUUCCUUAUGUGGCUAUAUAUACAUGUAUGGCUAUAGUAAAAUCUUGUUAACACUCUAGAGGCCACAUUUAUUGUCCUAUCUUCAUGAAACUUGGUUAGAAGAUUCAUCCCAAUAAUAUCUUUGACGAGUUCGAAAAUGAUGCCGGUUUGUUGAAAAAUAUGGCCGCCAGGGGGCGGGGCAGUUUUCCUUAUAUGGCUAUAGUAAAACCUUGUUAACACUUUAGAGGCCACAUUGACAUGUAUUGUCCUAUUUUCAUGAAACUUGGUCAGAAGAUUCAUCCCAAUAAUAUCUUGGACGUGUUUGAAAAUGAUGCUGGUUGGUUGAAAAACAUGGCUGCCAGGGGGCGGGGCAUUUUCCUUAUAUGGCUAUAGUAAAACCUUGUUAACACUCUAGAGGCCACAUUUAUUUUCCGAUCUUUGUGAAACUUGGUCAGAAGAUUUGUCCCAAUAAUAUCUUGUUAUCUAAGGUGCGCGACUUUGUGCCUUUCAGGUCCUCUUGUUUGAAGAUAGAACAACAAAUUAAGAGGUUUAACUUAAUAUAUUUUUACUUCUUAGUAAUUUGUCUUCAGAAGUACAAUAUCUUUAUCAGAGCACCAUACAGUAUUCUUCAUAGCCAGAUUUUUCAAUGAAAAUCUUGGCAUAUAGAUUCACACAUGAACAUCUUGCCUUAAUAUGGUUUCCUCAGUUUACUGUUAUUUCAUAUGAACAAUAUUUGACCUUGAUCAAAUUUAUUUAAAAUAUACUUUUCAACAUUCCUGUUUAUACUGAACAAAUCUCACAGUUUCAUAAGUUUUCCACAAUUUUAUAUUGUAUUGCCAUUAUUUUUACCAGUAUUUAGAUACAUGUGUAUGAACAUGAAAAGUAUUCUUUGCAAAUUGCUUUUAGAGUUGAAUUAAAUGUUGCUGUUCAUGCAUGAAUUAUUAUGAUGGCAAGUUAAAGCUUAAUGCAAAUAACAAACUUUGUUGAACAAAUUUUUUUCAACGAAAUUCCCAUUAAUAAUCUUUGGGUCGUUAAUAUUUUAUGUAUUCUGACAUAUACAUAUUUUUUUCUUUGUUUUGGAAAAACAUUGAUUGAAAUGGUUAGUUACCUGGAGAAAGAUAAUUAUUCCAAUUAGCUUCCAGUACAUGUUAAAAUUUGAUUGGAAAAUAUAUUUGUUAUUCAUAGUUAUACAGUAAAUCAGUGAUUCAUUUUUCACAAAGACAGGUUGGUUGGAUGCAGAUAUAUAGAUUUCUUAGAAUGUAAAGGCAUUUAUGGUUGUUUUUUUUUCUGAAAGAGGACCAAUAUUUGUAUGAUUCCAUGUGUUGUGUAUUUAAAACAUAUCCUAUGACACUUUAUUACAGUAUGUUGUAUUGCUGCACUCCGUUGUUAUUUUCUAUAAUUUACACAUUCAUAUUCAGUUGAUUCAGUGCUUUUCUGUAUAACAUGUAUUGAAUUAAAAUCAAUGAAUACAUUUUUUAUCAUUCUUUAAAAAAAUAAUAGGAAGUCCUUUUACAGUUAGUAUGGUAUAAUGAAUCAUUUGCUUCAUUGUAGUGGUGCAUGCAUACUCUGUUAUGUUACAGUUACAAAAAAUGACAAUUACACGUGUAAAUAUUAGAGCAUUAGUUUUAUUGAUAAUUAAUUUAUACUACACUAGAAUUUUAUAGUAUGUGCAUCAUUAAGAAUUAAUAAUCAGAGUAGAUUUAUUACAAACUACAUUAUAUUUAACAGUUGAAAUGGCUGCCUGUAAUACUCUGUUGUCUAUAAAUACUAGUAAUUACAACCAUAUUAGUGAGUUGGGUAGUAUUAUUGGUCCCUUAGGACCUUUUUGAUGAUCCUUCGGCUGGUUCCAUGUGUCAUGUUUGUGGUUGGAUGUAAAUAUGUGGAAAAUGAAAAGAUAAUUUUCCAAGUUAAACCCAAAUGCUUUGCAAUGUUGCGCCAGUUUCUACACUGUGUACUCUGUUACUAAUCAUAUGUUACUAAUCAUACAACUCACAUUCUGGGAAAGCAGGGCUUAAUGCAUGUUGGUAAAGUGUUGUGCCAGAUUAUCCUGUCCAGUCUAAAGUGUUGUGCCAGAUUAUCCUGUCCAGUCUAAAGUGUUGUGCCAGAUUAUCCAGUCCAGUCUAAAGUGUUGUUCCAGAUUAUCCUGUCCAGUCUUAAGUGUUGUGCCAGAUUAUCCUGUCCAGUCUAAAGUGUUGUGCCAGAUUAUCCUGUCCAGUCUUAAGUGUUGUGCCAGAUUAUCCUGUCCAGUCUAAAGUUUUGUGUCAGAUUAUCCUGUCCAGUCUUAAGUGUUGUGCCAGAUUAUCCUGUCCAGUCUAAAGUGUUGUGCCAGAUUAUCCUGUCCAGUCUUAAGUGUUGUGCCAGAUUAUCCUGUCCAGUCUAAAGUUUUGUGUCAGAUUAUCCUGUCCAGUCUUUAGUGUUGUGCCAGAUUAUCCUGUCCAGUCUAAAGUUUUGUGCCAGAUUAUCCUGUCCAGUCUUAAGUGUUGUGCCAGAUUAACCUGUCCAGUCUAAAGUUUUGUGUCAGAUUAUCCUGUCCAGUCUUAAGUGUUGUGCCAGAUUAUCCUGUCCAGUCUAAAGUUUUGUGUCAGAUUAUCCUGUCCAGUCUAAAGUUUUGUGUCAGAUUAUCCUGUCCAGUCUAAAGUUUUGUGUCAGAUUAUCCUGUCCAGUCUUUAGUGUUGUGCCAGAUUAUCCUGUCCAGUCUAAAGUUUUGUGCCAGAUUAACCUGUCCAGUCUAAAGUUUUGUGUCAGAUUAUCCUGUCCAGUCUUAAGUGUUGUGCCAGAUUAUCCUGUCCAGUCUAAAGUUUUGUGUCAGAUUAUCCUGUCCAGUCUAAAGUUUUGUGUCAGAUUAUCCUGUCCAGUCUAAAGUUUUGUGUCAGAUUAUCCUGUCCAGUCUUAAGUGUUGUGCCAGAUUAUCCUGUCCAGUCUAAAGUUUUGUGUCAGAUUAUCCUGUCCAGUCUAAAGUUUUGUGUCAGAUUAUCCUGUCCAGUCUAAAGUUUUGUGUCAGAUUAUCCUGUCCAGUCUUUAGUGUUGUGCCAGAUUAUCCUGUCCAGUCUAAAGUUUUGUGUCAGAUUAUCCUGUCCAGUCUAAAGUUUUGUGUCAGAUUAUCCUGUCUGCAGAGGCUAAUCAGGGGAGACACUUUCUGUCUACUAAGAAUUUUUGUUUAUAAGUGACCUCCUUUAAACAAAAUUCCGUACAAAUGUAAAGAAUCUUCAAAAUUAGCCAUUGCGGAAUCAACAGGCUAAUCUGUAAAGGCACUUGACAUGCAUGCAAUAAGCCCAUUUUUUUCCAGAAUCUGGUUUGUUAAAUCUUUGCAUUGAUCUCUCAUACUCAUCUUGGUGCUUUUCAACAUAAAUACUUAGAUAGCCUAGUCUGGUUGUGGUUAACCCAUUUAAGCCUAGUGGACUCUCCCAUCCUUCUGAAUCGGAUCAAUUUAUUUCCAAAAUAAGGGAUGUCUAGUAUAUUUUUUUGUAUAUUUAAAAUAUUUCUUACAGAAAUUUCUUUAAGCAAACAGCGCAGACCCUGAAGAGACGCCGCAUCAUGCGGCGUCUCAUCUGAGUCUACGCUGUUUGCCAAGGCCUUUUUUCUAGACACUAGGCAUAAAUGGGUUAAAUAGUAAAAAAUGCUUGUUUUGGUAUCCACUCAUUUAUCUGUAUGAGGCUAUUUGCUUGAAUAGUAAUCUCACAAACAAUUUGUAUAAAUUUUUGAGCGUUAUGUAACACCAUUUUAGAACAGGUGAAUAUAGUUGAUUUCUUUAAAAAAGCAAGCAUAACCAAUUAAUACAUAAGGCAUUAAUAUAUAAUUCUUACAUUUGACCGUGAUGUUUUUACACCAGCAAUGUUGUGUUUAAUUCUGUAUUGUAUGUAUAUGGAAAAAAGAGAUAGAGCUGCAAAAAGUAUGUGGUACUUAUUACAUAUUCAGGGGUUUUUAUUGGAUGUAGUACAUGACUUUUAUGCAGAAUAUCUAACUUAAAGUUGUAGAAGAAAGUUAAAUAUAUUAAUGAGAAGCCUUUUUUCCUUGUUCAUAAGUAAUACUUUAUUUAAAACAUGUUUGAUAAUACGGUGUAUUUCUCAAUGAAUUUUUUUUUUAUUGGCACUUGUCAAGUAUUGUUUGUACAAAUGAGUAUAUACAAUUGUAGAGUAGAUCUUUAACCACGCACGUAAAUAUGUAUUUUUAGUUGUGUUUCAUUCCAUUUUUUAAAGAGUGAAAUUUUACUUUUUAACUUGUAAAUACUGUAAUUACUAGCAAUUUUGUGCCUGUGAAAUUCAUAAUUUGUAAAUUUAUAUUUUUAACUAUUUGUAUAACAAAGUGUGCCUGAUUUUUAACAAUUGUGCAUUUACAUAAUUAUGCAAUCAUUUUUUGUUUGCCUUUAAUGUGAUGUUUUACUCAAUAAUAUUGAUAACGAUCAAAAGUUGUUUUUUUACAUUAAAUUGGGUGACCAUUUCCUAAAUUCCUAAACAUUUUUUUUUUAAACAGCCACCAGGAGUUGGUUUGCUUUUUCAUUUUUGUCUUUAUAUAAUGAUUAGACAAUCUUUUCAAAGUCUGCACUAUGUUGAAGAAGCUACUUGGAUGGAGUAAACUAUAAUCAACUUGUCUGUAAGUGUGUUUUGUCUAGAUGUUGUCGAUCGAAGGCCAAGUCAUGGCCUUUUUGUUUAUGCAAAUAUUAAAGAGUAAUUUUAUAAUCAAACUUUCCCUUGCAAGUUACAUCUUUUACGCACUGACUGGGAGUUAUUAUAUUUUGACUUUAAAGUCAAACUUAAAAUUACUUGGAGCGAAGUACCACAUUUCUAAAACAAUUAAAUUGCUAAUAUUUCAUCACUACUAAGUGUAAGGCAUUUACAUGUACUUAUCCCCAGUAUUCCACGCAUUCAUGACUUAUUUGCCCUUGAAGGUAGGUGACAAAGCACAGUCAACAUAACAUGUUAUAUGUUUGUGAAGCACAGUCUGCAUUAUGUUAUAGGUUUGUGAAUCACACUCUGCAUAAAAUGUUAUAUGUUUGUGAAGCACAGCCUGCAUAACGUUAUAGGUUUGUGAAGCACAGUUUGUAUAGCAUGUUAUAGGUUUGUGGAGCGCAGUCUGCAUAACGUUAUAGGUUUGUGAAGCACAGUUUGUAUAACAUGUUAUAGGUUUGUGGAGCGCAGUCUGCAUAACAUGUUAUAGGUUUGUGAAGCACAGUUUGUAUAACAUGUUAUAGGUUUGUGGAGCGCAGUCUGCAUAACAUGUAAUAGGUUUGUGGAGCGCAGUCUGCAUAACAUGUAAUAGGUUUGUGAAGCCCAGUCUGCAUAACAUGUUAUAGGUUUGUGAAGCCCAGUCUGCAUAACAUGUUAUAGGUUUGUGAAGCGCAGCCUGCAUAACGUGUAAAAGGUUUGUGAAGAACAGUCUGCAUAACGUUAUAGGUUUGUGAAGUGCAGUCUGCAUAACAUGUUAAAGGUGUGUAUAGUGAAGUACUUUCAUAUUUCUCAAAGCGAUUAAAAUUAAAACUUCAAAUAUGUCAUCACCUUGAAAUAAAGAAAUGCAAGACCAUUUUUUCAUGCCCAGUAAUGCAUCCAAUACUGAGGUAUUUGCCCAGAAUCAUGCUUACAAAGCAGUUUUGGGAUACAAGUAUUGGUCAUGCUACUGGCAAAGCUCAGUAAUUGUUGUGUUGUUUUGGAAUUAUUUACAUGUCUAGGAGACUCUGUUGUGGUCAUGAGUCAAAUACAAUGCAGUUGGGAAACAUCAAUUUAUUUCUGUACUUACUCUGUCAUUAUUAGCUUGGCUGUUUUCGGAGAAAACCCGAUGUAUUGUCAUAGCCAGCUCGUCGUCUGCCGUCCUCUGUCUGCCGUCCGCGUCGUGCUAACACCUUGACAUUUGUCUCUAAAAUCAAAAUGCUUCCACCUACAACUUUGAUACUUCAUAUGUAGAUGCGACUUGGUGAGUUCUGCAUGCCACACCCUUUUUUGGGUAAUUAGGUCAAAGGUCAAGGUCACUGUGACCUUAAAAAAAAAUCUGACAAGCUUUCAUUUAUUCAAAACUGCACCUGUAGCCGAGCGUGGCACCCGUUAUGCGGUGCUCUUGUUAAAACCAUAGAUUGAUCAAUAAAAUAAAAGAAUCGUCUUUUGGAUACGUUCACCAGUGUCUGAAGAGUGUUUGUGGGUUGAUCAAAUAAGAUGUUUACGGUGUGUUUAUAUUUGAUAAUGUGUAUUCUUUAAAGCAAAUAUCCAUAUUUGUGUAUUACUUGAAUAUUUGAAGUGUACUCGUAUAUGAUUUGAUUUACAUAUCAUACGUUUUAUGAUCACAUUCCUUGUUGUUUACAACAUUAAUUUUUAUACACUUUUUUGUUAUAUUAAAACAAGGUUGUUCUGCUUGUAAUAUCUGUAUAUUUGCCUUAAAUCGAUGUAACAUGUUCCACAAAUGUGUUUGUAUUCUGUUUGUUCUUUAUCUCCAGACACUUAACAUGAAAGUGAACGUGUGGCACAACUAAGCAGAAUCUGUGUUACCAGUCUGUUAAUUUUGUUUCAGUCAUGUAGUGGUUUUCACUAAUUUUGAACAUUUUUUUUUCUUAAGAGAUUGGAAAACCACUUACUAAGAACUGGUUAUGUUCAUCUUUUUAUAUCAGUAUAUUGUAUAUCACAUUCACUUUUUAUUCCCCCGGUAGGGUGGCAUAUAGCAGUUGAACUGUCCGUCUGUCAGUCUGUGCGUCCGUCAGAAAACUUCAACAUUGGCCAUAACUUUUGCAAUAUUGAAUAUAGCAACUUGAUAUUAGGCAUGCAUGUGUAUCUCAUGGAGUUGCACAUUGAGUGGUGAAAGGUCAAGAUCAUCCUUCAAGUUAAAGAUUAAUUAAUUUAUUUUUAAAUUCAAAGGGGCGCAGGAGGGGGCAUUAUGUUUCUUACAAACACAUCUCUUGUUAAUUGUCUUAAUUUGUAUUAAAAGAUCAAUGUUUUAUUUAGCCAUACACAAUUUAAUUCAGAGAUUUACUUUGCUGAAAGAUGGAAAAUAACUUCUCUCCUUGCUUUUGUCAUGGAGGAAUUAGAUCAGACAAAUAAGGUUUCCAAAUCAGAUACAUGUAGGACUUAAGUCACCUUUGCAUAUUGUUGUAUGUAAACUUAUUGCAUUAAACCAAAUGCCAAUUAACAAGCUUCCAUAAUAGUUAUUUGUUGUUUUUUUGUGUGUGUAAAAUUUCACUCAUUUGGAAUUUUAUAAUAACAACAGUUCUUUUAAUAUUUCAUUUUUAUAUAAAUGAUUGGAAACACUUAACAUAUUUUCUUCCUUUCAGACAUUUUUAGCUAACUUUGGACGCAUCAUAUAUUCUGUCUUUCAGGCGUGGUGUUUUUUGUAUCUCAGUUUUCAACUAUUCGCUUGUUACAACUUGACAGGCCUUAUUAUGCUCCCCCAACAUUUUUUUUUGGGGGGGAGCAUAUAGUCGCCGCUUUGUCUGUCCGUGCGUCCGUCAGUGCACAAUUUUUGUCUGGGCUAUUUCUCAGCAAUUAAUGACCGAAAUUCAAUUUAACUUUAUGGGAAGUUUCACUACCAAGAGGACAUGUGCGAAUUAUCAGCGGGUUCUAGUCAGAUGAUUUUUCAGAGUUAUGGCCCUUUGAAAUCUUUAAGUUGCUAAACCAUCCAUCGUAUUAUUUGUCCAAAGUUAUGCCCCUCAAGACGUUUCCUUUUAUCUGAAUAUAUAGUGCAAUAUUGUGACAAAAAAACACUUUGGGGAGCAUCACCUGUCUCCGACCGUAUCUUGUUUUUCAACUCAUCUGGAUAGAACCUAGUCAGAAUGUUUAUCUGAGCAAUAACUAGGCUGAUUUUGAAUCUUGUUCAUGUGUGUCCAAAAACUAGGUCAUCAGAUCAAAUAUUAGAAAAAAAUGUUACCACUUUAGAAACCACUUUAUCACUCAAUCUUUGAUAAAACUUGGUAGGUACAUUUAUUUUGACAAUUACAUGCCAAGUUAGAAUCUGGGCGAUAUGCAUACAAAGUUUUUAAAGGUCAAAUGCUAGAAAAACCGUGUUACCACUAGAAGCUAAAUUUAUAACUCAAUCUUUUGAUGAUAUCGUCAGAAUGCUAAUCUUUACAACAUCUAGGCCAAGUUUUGAUAUAGUCAUAUGUUUCCAAACACUAGGUCUUUAGAUCAAUUUUUAGAGAAAACAUUGUUUCCACUCUUAAAGGCAACAUUAAUGACCCAAUCUAGAUGAAACGUGGUUCAGACUGAUUAUCUCAACAAUAAUCAUGCCACGUUUUAACCCUUUCAGCGCUGGGACCAAAUUUUAAAGGCCUUUGCAAACAGUUUGGAUCCAGAUGAGAUGCCACAGAAUGUGGUGUCUCAUCAGGAUCCAAACUGUUUGCUAUUCUGAUAGUAUUCUUUGAAAAAAAUAGAAGAAAAUGCUCAUUUUAGAAAUUCAGCAGACGACAAAUUAGCAGACAACCAAUUUCCCAGCAUGCAAAGUGUUAACUUGGGUCACUCAUGUACAUUCAAAAAUCAGGUCAUCAGAUCAGUUCUUAUUAAAACCAUGUUACCUCUGUAGAGGCCACAUGUAUCACUCAAUCUUGAUAAAACUAGGCCAGAUUGUCUAUCUUGACUUUAUGUAACUCGUAUGUGAAUCUAGGUCAUGUACAUACAAACUAGGUCAGCUGGUCGAAUCUUAGAAAACCUUGUUACCACACUCAAGGCCUCAAUUUUGACCAAAAAAUGUCAGAAUGUUAAUCUUUGCAAUAUCAAGUCUAUGUUUGAAUAUGGGUAGAUUGAGGUGUCAAAUAGUCACCAGGUCAUUUCAUUGACAAUUUUGGUGUACCUUAAGCUUAGGUUAGCGCUUCAGGGCCAUUAUUGCCCUCUUAUUCUGUAUAGUGCUUAGAUAGCUUUGCUUGGUAGAAUAUAUCUGUUUGCUAGAUAACAGAGAAGACUGUAUAGCACAACUUUUUAUCUCAAAGUUGCUGAUUUCAAACUUUGACUUAAGCCGAGAAGUAUUUUCAUCACUUAUUUCUAGUUUUAAAGGGUAUUAGGCAAAUAAAUAUUCAAAUAGUUGUGUUAUCCCAAGUAAGGUAUGUUUAUAUAAAUACUGGUAAGGUUGUACGACGAAGUAUUGAUCAAUGUUAGGUGCUUUGUUGUGCCACUUAUGUUUGUAUCAUGAUGAUAUAACAUUUUUGCCGCUAAUUCCCGUUUCAUUUUUUUGAGUGUGCAAAGAUUUUGUUGUUACACAGUUAAGCUGUAUAUCUUCCUUGCAAAUUUUACUUGAUAUAGUUUGUGUACAGAGGCAUUUGAUGUUAAAAUGCUUGCAAGGUCCUGAACGAGUUGCAGCUGAACGAGUUGCAGCAGCUUACUGGACUUCUUAUGUAUUUGUUUAUAUAUAUACUGUACUAAUUAAUACAUGCAUAUUUUAUCUACUAUAAUUUUCAUACAUCCUUUAGUGAUUAUUUUACCAAGCAAUAAAUGAUAACAUGUA